CGAGCGAGGGGCGGGGGCGGGGGCGGGCCCUCCCGCUUGCCGGAGCCGGAUCCGGCCACCGGCCCCGUGCGGGCCCGAUGAGACGUUGGAGCGCUCGAGGCCCGGGAUCCGUGAGCGGGGACCGCGAGCCGCUCUCCGAAGGCAGCCCGCCCCAAGUCUCGCAUCGCCGCCACGCCCGCGACCCGCCGCGGCGCGUCGCCCGUCCGCGCUCCUCCUCCGGUAGCCCCGCCCCCGACCCGGCGCCGUCCUCGGGGUACCAGUCGACGGAUGAGACGGACAAGGUCGAGCGGUCGGAGGCGAGCGACUCGGUCCGUUCCCCCAUGGGGCCGGACUCGGCGGCGGCGGCGGAGGAGGAUCCUCGGCGCGCCAAGCGGGCCGUGGCCCAGCUGCAGCGGAAGAUCCUCAAACUUGGCGAACAGAUUAAGAUCCAGCAGACGGCGCGCGACGACAACGUCGCCGAGUACCUCCAACUGGCAAACCGCGCCAACAAACAGCAAAGCGCCCGCAUCAAGCAGGUUUUUGAGAAAAAGAACCACAAGUCGGCGCAGAGCAUCCAGCAGCUGCAAAGGAAACUGGAUCAUUCCCGCCGCAAGCUGCGGGAGGCCCAGCGCCACGGAAUCCCCCGCCGGCCCAAGGACCUUCUGCGGGACGUGCGGCGAGGCCUGAGGGACGUGGGCGCCAAAGUGACGGGCUUCGGCGAGGGCGUGGUGGGCGGAGUCAAGGGGGGCCUGUGCAGCUUGUCGCACUCGGCCGCCGUGGUCUCCAAGCCGCGGGAGAUGGCCUCGCUCAUCCGCAACAAGUUGGGCAGCGCCGACAACAUCGCCGCCCUCAAAGACGAGCCCUCGGCGGAAGAAGGCGCCGCCGCCGCCGCUGCCAGCCCGCGCCCGCUGUCCAGUCCCAGGUACUGCAGCGAAGACGACCGCUCGAGCGCCACGUCCGGCUCGGCGGGGGACGACGGCGCGGCCGCGCCCGGCGGCCCCCCCGGAAGCCCCCCCGGCUCCAGGGGCAACGCGCCGGAGAGCCCUCACCAUCCCGCCCUGGACCUGUUGCUGCAGGAGCUCCGGGAGCUGAGGGGCGGCCAGGCCGGGCUGGAGGAGAGUCUGGACGCCUUGAAGACUCGCUACCGGCGAGACUACGCGCUGGUGGCGCGGGCGCUGCAGGAGGAGCGUUUCAGGUGCGAGCGCUUGGAGGAGCAGCUGAACGACCUGACGGAACUUCACCAGAACGAGAUCCUGAACCUGAAACAGGAGCUGGCCAGCAUGGAGGAGAAGAUGGCCUACCGCUCGGACGAGAGGGCGCGAGACAUUCAGGAGGCGCUGGAGGCCUGUCAGACGCGAAUCUCCAAGAUGGAGCUGCAGCAGCAGCAGCAGCAGCAGCAGGCGGCGCAGCUGGAGGGGCUGGAAAAGGCGGCGGCCAGGACGCUGCUGGGCAAAGUCAUCAACGUGCUGCUGGCCCUCACGGCCGUCCUCUUGGUCUUUGUGUCCACCGUGGCCAACUGCGCCGCGCCCCUCAUGAGGACGCGCUCGCGCUCGCUGGCCGCCCUGCUGCUCGUCAUCCUCGCCGCCUUCCUGUGGAGGAACCGCGACGCGCUGUCGUGUUGCGCGCCGCGAGCCCCGAGGCCCCCCGGAUGAGCGGCGCCGCCGCCGUGCUUUGCUCACUCAGGUGAGGACAGCAGAUCAGAGAUGAUGCCACUCGGAGACCAAGGACCACACUGUUUCAACCCCCCCCCCACACACACACACUGGGGGGGGUUGUCUGUUUUUUAGAUUCAAUGUUUUAAUUCAUUUUUUUUAAUUUAUAGAUUUGACUCCAUGUCAUGACGUUGGUUUUAUUCCGUAUCGUGUCGCGCGACACUCCACACUCGUCCGCUCACCUCAAGCCUCAAGUGUGCUCGAUUGCCUUUGAAACCACUUGUUGACUUCCAACCGUAACCUCAACCCCCCCCCCCACCCCCACUCCCCUUUUUUCUCUGCCGAUUCGAAAUGCUUUGCGGCAGAAUUUUGAAAACCUCAUCUCGAUUCCAAAGUGAAAUGCAAAACGUCGCCGCGUGAGGGAAUCGGGAGCGAGCGCUCGUUUGACCUCGGCUCGACCUUGACGUCGCUUUACCUGAUAAGCCGCCGCAGUGCCUUCUGAUCUACUUUUCCAAGUGUGGAAUCAAUAAAAAUGCAUUCCUGGCCAA